AUGACGCUUCCGGAGGGCACGAUCACCAUCCGCCCUGCAGACCUGAUAUUGCCGGGAUAUACAGAGGAGCAAUACUGUUGGCCUAUGUUCGAGCCGUCCUCUGGAAAUGGAUGGCUCGUCGGUAUCGGGCUUAUUCGCAAUUUCUAUACGGUGUAG